ACACGUCUGACAUCCGUCAAUUUCAGAGUGGUUUCAGUUAUCUUACCGCAGUACACAAUCAGUAUUUGUAAUCGUGUCAGAAGAAUAUUCAGAAUAUGUAGAGCAGUGAAAAGAUUACAAAGUGAAAAUGAAAGUAUAAACGUACAUAAUUAUACACUGGAUUUAGGACCGACAGCCACGUAACAUAGUUAUCAAUCGUUAAAAGGUGUCGAGUGGUUGUCUCACACCCACGCUAAUUCUACUUGAAUCGCUUCGUCUCUAUCCCGUCUAGGCGAUGAGUACCCCGACAAUACGUUGUCUUCGCGUCGAUAUCCCAUCAGGGUGAACCCGGAAUCGACGGCUAACUGCUUAAUCGGCCUACGACUCGUCCACCGUUGCCGUCGGUUACGCGCUGCGACACAUCUGCGAGCAACGAUCUCCUGAAAACUCCGUACGAAUUAUUUAUACACACAAGUUUUUAGCAAUUUGUAAAACCAUGGGAAACGCUGACACGAAGUUAAAUUUUCGCAAGGCCGUUGUUCAGCUGACAUCCAAGACCCAGCCCAUAGACGCAGCAGAUGACACAUUCUGGGACCAAUUUUGGUGUGAGAACGUGGUGAACGUUCAGGAUAUAUUCACUUUGAUACCCGCGCCAGAGAUCAGGGUGCUCAGGGAAGAAGCCCCGUCAAAUUUGGCAACGCUAUGCUACAAGGCGGUAGAGAAACUCGUCAAAGCAGUCGACAACAGCUGUCGAACGCAGCGUGAACAUCAAAUGGUCUUGAACUGCUGCCGGCUGCUAACCAGGCUUCUGCCCUACAUAUUUGAGGAUCCUGAUUGGAAGGGAUUCUUUUGGUCGAGUUUACCUGGCAAAGAAGACGAAGAGAGCAUCCCUCUUGCUCAUUCUCUACUCAACGCGAUAUGUGAUUUGCUCUUUUGUCCUGACUUUACUGUGGCUGCGAAUAGAAAAUCAGGACCGGAUAAAGCCGAAGAACUACAGUCGAUAGAUAGCUGCGAAUACAUAUGGGAAGCUGGUGUAGGAUUCGCACAUUCUCCACCAAGAUAUCCAUACUUGGACUCAAACCGAACUGAACUCUUGAAACUCCUGCUCACUUGCUUCAGUGAGACUAUGUACAACCCUCCUACAGACCUUUCGGUAACACCCAAUCGGUGGAUCGCUCACCUCACCAGUACCGAGAACAGGCACGCUCUGCCCAUGUUUACAUCCCUUUUGAACACCGUUUGCGCUUAUGACCCAGUCGGACUUGGAGUUCCUUACAACCAUCUUAUAUUUACGGAUUCCUUGGAGCCGCUAGUCGACGUCUCGCUACAGAUAUUGAUCGUGACUCUGGACCAUGACACAAGUGGUGGCCUGCCAUCAGAGGAAGGGGUUCCUGGAGAUAAUUUGUUUAUUAAUUAUCUGAGCAGAAUUCACAGAGACGAAGAUUUUCAGUUUGUCUUAAAAGGAAUAACAAGACUUCUGAAUAAUCCUUUGCUUCAAACGUAUUUGCCAAAUUCUACCAAAAAAGUACACUUUCAUCAGGAGUUGCUGGUAUUUUUUUGGAAAAUGUGCGACUACAACAAAAAGUUCCUUUACUACGUGUUGAAGAGCUCUGAUGUGCUGGAGGUUCUUGUACCCAUUCUUUAUCAUCUUAAUGACUCGAGGGCUGAUCAAUCUAGGGUCGGUCUAAUGCACAUCGGAGUGUUCAUCCUGCUUUUACUCAGCGGUGAGCGAAACUUUGGAGUGAGACUGAAUAAACCUUAUACAGCAACUAUUCCCAUGGACAUUCCAGUUUUCACCGGUACCCAUGCGGAUUUACUGGUGACAGUUUUUCACAAAAUAAUAACAACGGGGCACCAAAGACUUCAGCCCUUAUUUGAUUGUCUAUUGACGAUAUUGGUGAAUGUAUCGCCGUACCUUAAAACUCUCUCAAUGGUGGCAAGCACAAAACUGCUGCAUCUACUUGAAGCAUUUGGAACCCCAUGGUUUUUGUUUUCCUCACCAACGAAUCAUCAUCUAGUCUUCUUCUUACUCGAGAUAUUCAACAACAUAAUACAGUAUCAGUUUGAUGGAAACAGUAACCUAGUCUAUACGAUAAUACGUAAGCGCCAAGUAUUUCAUGGCUUGGCCAAUUUGCCCAGUGACUGCAACACGAUUGCAAGGUCAUUGAACAGGAGACAACGAAGAACAAUCCCAGUUAGCACCUCCAAUGAAAAUGUUAGCGAAAUAGCUAUGGAAGGUUCGAGACCGGCACUGCCUGCAGAACCUGGAACCUUAAAAGCAUCUCUUUUGGAAACACCUGGCAUUGAAAAUAUGACUGAAAAGGAGUCAGCUCAUCCGUUGAGCCCACCUAUUGACGUUGCUGGGAAUUCUACAAUUGUGAACAACGAUAAGGUGCACCGAGAAACGACAACUACGGUAAUAGAAGAGGACGUGAAAGAAGAUGUGACAAACUCUGCAAGGUCGAGUACAGUCGUUCAUAGAGGAGGAAUUAGGGUGACCGAACAAUCAAAUCUUGCACAAAACGUAAACCACUGGGUGCCAUCUGGUGAUUGGGUUCAUCAAUGGAAAAGUAAAUUACCUCUGCAAACAAUAAUGCGGCUUCUUCAAGUUCUUGUCCCGCAAGUUGAGAAAAUUUGUAUCGACAAAGGCUUGACGGACGAGAGUGAGAUUCUCAAGUUUCUUCAGCAUGGCACCCUUGUAGGAUUAUUACCUGUGCCUCAUCCCAUUCUCAUCAGACGAUAUCAGGCCAAUGCUGGAACCACUGCGUGGUUCAGAACUUAUAUGUGGGGAGUUAUUUAUCUCAGGAACGUUGAGCCGCCGAUUUGGUAUGACACCGAUGUCAAGUUGUUCGAAAUUCAGAGAGUCUGAAUGAAGAGAAAGAAAGAAAGAA